AUGGUUCACAGCAGCAGUAUCUGUAGAUUCGUCCUCCUGGUGCUGCUAAGCCUCUUGGUAGCCUUUGUACACACAGAGACAGUCGCAGACUCGACAACCAGAGACAACCAGGACACCAUGUCUGGAGAGCCACCCGGUGACGUCACCACCAAAUACCCGUUCCAGGACACGACGGAGCAGUCCUUCACCUUUGACUACGAGGACACCACACACUCUCAGGCCCUAGACGAGGAGGAGGGGGUGCUCGGGCCGGGGGCCAUCACGGCCAUCGUUAUAGCGGUCUUCCUGGGGGCGUCUGUCCUUCUCGCCCUCAUCGUCAUCACACUCAGGAAAUUCACCGCCUCCUAG